AUGCAGACUGCUUCUACAUACAUUUUUGAAAGACUGUGCAAUAAGUCCACCUGUGAAAUUUCCUUGCUACUAAAUAUUCAACUGUUAGUGGUAUUAUAACAAAGUGGAAGCAACUGGAAACAACAGCAACUCAGCCACGAAGUGGUAGGCCACAUAAAAUGACAGAGCAAGGUCAGUGCAUGCUGAAGUGCACAGUACGCAGAAAUCACCAACUGUCUGCAGAGUCAAUAGCUAAAGACCUCCAAACUUCAUGUGGCCUUCAGUGCAUAGAGAGCUUCAUGGAAUGGUUUCCAUGGCCGAACAGCUGCAUCCAAGCCUUACACCACCAAGUGUAAUGCAAAGCAUCAGAUGCAGUGGUGUAAAGCACGCCGCCACUGGACUCUAGAGCA